GUUUUGCACGGUCGCGCUUUCUCCAAAUCGAUGCAUAAUGAUAAUAAUGUUGUUAUUAUCUGGGGUUUGACAGAUUAUUGUGGUUUUCAGAUUAUCAUACAGCUAGAUAUAGAAAGCAACAGUCCCCACUUCAUGUAACUACUUGUUAAGACCACCGUUUAUGUGCCUUCUGAGAUGGCCCCCGUUUCUCGUAUGUUGAGAAAUCAAUAACACAACUGCAGUCUGAUUAAACUAAGGGCAAAUACGUUGGUUGUGAUCAGAAGCUACAACAGACACGUUACUACUUACUACUACUCUUUCUUCAUAUACGCACGGAAUAAUAACGUGUGGAAAGUGCUAAAAUCCCAAACUCUCUAAGAAGUGAAAGUCUGUAUUUAAAUUUAUAAUUCUGCCAUCUAGAGAAAAUGGCUAGUUUCAUAGCUAAACAGAUGGUAGGAGACCAGCUCAAGUCUGUAAAAGGUGCUAUGGGAGAUAAGGAAGAUGAAGAGAAACCAGAGGGAGAGGAGGGAGAAGAUCCAGAAAUCACUGCGGCUAGAUUAGAAGCAGAAGAAAAAAGAAAAGAAAAACACAGAAAAAUGGAAGAAGAAAGAGAAGAAAUGAGACAAAGUAUUAGAGAUAAGUAUGGUUUGAAGAAGAAAGUAAAAGAAGAAGAAGAACCUUUAGCUGACCCUGGUCGAGUUGGUCGAAAGAAGAAGACACCUGCUGAACUCGCAGCAGAACAAAAUGCUGAGGAGGAAGAUGAGGAUGAGUUUGCAAAAUUUCCCUCAAAUUUAAGCGAGUUGACAUCUAAAGUGAGUGAAAUGCCUUCUAAAUUGGCUCAAGGUGUAAGCGAUGUUACGUCAAAGUGUGUACUCCAGUAACUAAUUUAUCAUUUUUAGCCUUAGUCUUCUUAUGCAAUGUGGUAAGCAAGGUACUAUAUCAGUAUUGUUGGUUAAUGCUUUCUUAGCAUGUGGUUUCAAAUGAUCAAAUAUAAACUUAGUAUAAAACCACUACUGUUGAAUAUGUUAAUUGAGUUAUUAGCAAUAAGGAUGAGAUUAGAUAAAGUUUCAUGUACAUAUUAUUAAUUAGACACUAGAAAAGAUGUCAAUCUUGGCCGAUAUGGGCAAGAAUCUGAAUUCAGUUGCUGUACUUACAUUAUGUAAAUGGAAAGCUUGUUGUAGGCAAUGAUGUAUUGCAGUGAUUAAAAGGAUGUAAUUUUAGAAAGCCAAUUGAGAAAAACCUUCUAUGUAUUCAUUAAAUCACGCAUUACCACUACACUGCAUAAUUAUAUGAUUGACAACAUUAGAAAAUUUGUUAAUUAUACCCUAUUCAUGAUCACAUACAACCAUUUCUCUGAAAAAAUACACAUAUUACUUCUUUAAAGACUUUUUUGUUUGCACAACAUUCAUUUUCAAAAACGUCAAAUCCAAUACACUUAAGUACAUAGUUUUUUGGGCAUUCAAAAUAAAUAAUAUUUUGUCUAAAUUCCAUGGAGUAUGUAUGGAAAUAUGGAUGAGGGGAGACAACUCUUUCUAAACAGCAAAAAGGAUUCCUGGUACUUUUAUUACAGUUGUACAUUUCCAAAUGAUUUUUCAAGCCUGGAAAUAAGGCACCUGUCACAGACAAUGUCAGGCACAGAUUCAGCCUUUGUCAGGCACAAAACCUCUGGCGCAUGUCAUUUUGUCCGGCACUGAUUUGUCUCUUUUAUUGAUAUUAUCAAUACAUGUCCGGCACUAAGUUGAAAAUGUUGGGUACUAUUUCAUUAAUGCCUGACAUUUUGUCAAGUACAUCUAAAACCGUUAUUUCCAGGCCUGAUUUUAUUAGAAAUGUAAUCUGAUAUUACUGAAACAAAUGGCAUCUAAUAUUGUGUCUAUGUAUUGUGUCUAUAAUUGUGUUCAUAAGAAAAUAUUCAACAACAAAUAGGUGUUAUAAAAAUAAUAUUAAAUUUGCAUAUUAUGUUUAUAAAAUGCUGUUGUACAUCUUCAACAAAAUGAAUAACAAACAUUAUGUUAAAAUGAAUAUUUAGAUCUAGAACUGAAUUUUAACAAGACACAUUGAUUAUUUAUUUUUGCAUAUUAAAUGUAUAAAUUUUCCUUACUGACAAGAUAUGGAAUUAUUGUAGUUUAAAAUUUGUGUUGAAUUAACCACUUUCUAACACCGCAGAGACUUUGAUUAUUAAUGCAGCCUGUGGUUAUUAAAUAUUUGGCGUUAUGAUUAAAAUAACAUAUAAAUUUUAAAUCUAAUAAAUUUGAAUUGUUUUCAGUUUUAUGGCAUUGUUUUACUCAGGUAUUUUGUUUGUCAUUUGUUUAAAAUCAUAUUAUUGAAUGACUAUAGCCCACUGUUGAAAUCACUGUCAUGUCUUAAUGAGGUUAUUUAACACCAAUGUGGAUCCUGUUAUUUCCUCCUUGGCACCUCCUAAUUCCCCAUCCCUGCCAUGACUGUCCCAUUCCCACCAUGCCCUCACGACAUGUCAAAAAGUGAACAAUGUCACCCUUUCGAAAUUCUUAACCAUUAAUGUCAAUUUAUUUCAAGAUCACUGUUCUAUCUAUUGUUCAUGUAAUUCUGCCCAUAAUAAAUGAACUCAUUGAUGCCCCUAAUGCUGACCCUUUUGGCACAUCCGCAUUUACCGUACCAGUACUUGUACAACUACCAGAUUUUCCCCAAAUCUCAAUGUUCACAUCCUGCUUAGUUUAAGUUACCUGUUACAUUGCAUCUGUUAAAAGAGAAAAAAUAUACGCACUCUAGGAAUAAGUUUAUCAUCAGCUUUAAAAAUGGCUUAAUUGAUUGUAAAUGUGUCACAUUAUUGAACUAAUACUCAUCCCUAUUUAUCCCAGCUGUGUAUAUUAAUAUAUAUAAUUGAUGUGUUUGUGUAUAGGAUUAGAUAUAGUAAGUAAUAAUAUUUAAAUAUUAAGAAGAGUUUUUGUACAUAUCUUUAGACUAUUUAUUCUAAAUGAUAAUAAUAUAUCGAUCUGAUGAAUCUGUGAUUUUUGCUAUCUUUAAUUUACUUCUUCAGUGAUGAAUUUGUAUUUAAGUUGUUGAUUUUAUUUCAUGUGAUAAUAAAUAGUGAUAUUGAAUUCCAAAGACAUCUUCUAGUAACAUUUGACAUGUGAUAUUUUUGGUAUGUUGGGCAGUUUUUAAAUUGGAAAUUACAUAGAAAACAAAAAUAAAAAUUACUUCAAAAUUAGACAACAAUUGCAAAUAGAAUUGGAUAAACAAUGUAAUGUGUCUAGUGAUCAAUCCCUGACAGAUUAGUUGAUUCUAGGGAGUGAUGCUGGUUCCUCCCAUGCAUGUAUUAUUUAUCUAAAGUUUACUUUGAUUAAACUAGGAAACCAAGUUCCUGAUCAAGAAAUAGGUCACAAAAUGUUAUGUAAAUUUCUCUUAUUCUGGUGUUUUUAUGUUUACUCUCAAUCAAGACAUUCCAGUAAAUCAUCGUUUUUUUUUUAAAUUUGAGGACCUUACUAAAGAUUAAUAAAACAUUCCUGAUAGCCCAACAAAGAAAGGUCUCCUUUUUCUAUAUAACUUGUAUUGUGUGUUUUUUUUUGUUUUUUUUGUUCUUCUUUUUAUUGAUAUACUUGACUUAUAUCGUAUCCAUGGUGAGGAUAAAAAUGAUGAGAUUAGGUUAAAGAGUAUUUAGUUAAAGAAUGAUUGUUUUUACUUAUAUUACUAUAUGUAUUAUGUACAGUGUUAAUAUUCAUCAGUAAUUUAAGAUCAGUUGUUAAAUCAUGACAUAAAAGUUUUAAAACCG